CCAGGAUCUCUUCCCGCCUUUGCACCUCCCCUCCUCCCUCCAUCUCUCCCACUCUCCUCACAAUGGCCUUAGCAGCUCGGUCCGUGGGCCGUUCGGCCCUCUCGCUAACCCGACGAGGCCCAAUUGCCAUCCCCAUCCGGUCCUUCUCCGCCACGCCGUCGACUUUCCGGACCAAGGUCUCAUCUCCGAAAUCGUCCUUCGUGGACGACUUGCCGACCAUGCCGGAGUACUCGCCAGAACUACUGAACCAGGAGGAGCGGUCGAUGUACGACAUGCUGUCGCCCGAAGAGCGGGCCCAGUUCGACGCCGAGAACCGACGCAUCGUGGCCGAUUUCAACGACCCCGAGAAGCGAGCGACGGCGCUCGCCGAGCUCAACCGGGAGGUCGCCAACCUGGAACGGGGCGGGCUUCGAUUCGACGACAUCCGCGAGAAGAAGCGCGGCUUCUGGGCUGAGGAGGAAGACGACGAGUUCGGUCUGGUCGAGGACGCCGACGACGAGUUCCGCGAGGACGAAAUGACCUCCAUGGCCCAUGCCGAGGUCGAAUUGCACCGCGACAUCAGAGAAUGGACUCGUAUUGCCGCUUGGGAUAUGCCGCUCUUGAGCCAACUGGCCCGCCCCUUCACUCUUCCCCCCGACACCCACAUCCUUCGAUUCCGCUACACCUCGUACAUGGGUGAGCAGCACCCUGCCGAAAACAAGGUAGUCAUGGAAGUCAGCACCAAGGAUCUGGCGCCUAAGUACCUCUCCGCGGAGCAGCUGCAGACGCUCCUCAAGCUCGUCGGCCCGCGAUACAACCCCAACUCCGAGAUCAUCCGCAUGUCGUGCGAGAAGUUCACCACCAAGGCCCAGAACAAGCGGUACCUCGGCGACCUCAUCAACACGCUGAUCAAGGAGGCCAAGGAGGGCGACUCCUUCCGCGACGUGCCCCUCGACCUUCGCCACCAGAAGCCCCAGCGCAAGCUCCGCUUCCCCGACUCGUGGAACAUGACCGAGCAGCGCAAGAAGCAGCUCGAGGCCCGGCGCGCGGAGCGCCUGCAUCUGGAGCAGGAGAGGCACGGCCUGGUGGAUGGCAAGUUGGUGAUCGCCGAGGCGGUUCGGAACUUGCCGUCGUUGAACCCGGCCUUGAACGCGAAGGCGACGCACGAGCGAGAGAGAGUUGCCGUUCGGGCUGGGGGCAAGAGGCGCUGAUAUCGAGGAUUGGACAGCAUGAGGGACUUGGAGCGAGGGAAACUGUACACUUGAUGUGAGGUGUUUCCGUGGGGAAUUUCUAUUUCUUUUAUUGUGUUUUUUUGUACCUCAAAAUAUCAGGGGCGGCGCACAUUCUGCAAGGUCAUGUUAGACUUAUGUAUCUCAAUGUAUAUUAUAUUCCUUACCAUUCUUCAUACAUAUACGCGCUGGUCUUGGAUAG